UUCAUUGUUCACAUAAGACUUUCAGUACAAUAGAAAAAAGCGAAGGAAAAAAAGACCAAUGGGUUCGUGUGUAGAAGAUUGUGUAGAUGAUUGUUGUAAAAAUUGCAUCUCUGGGACUCUCAUGCUGUUGAUGAUGGGUAGCGUUCUCAUCUGGUUAGGUCCAUCCCAACCCAAAUGCUCUAUCGAGAAAUUAUACAUUCCUGCGCUUGACAAAGCUUCAAACGACCCCCAAACCAUGAACACCACAACUAUAUCAUUUCAUGUGGCAUUCUGGAACAAUAUGGAUUACAGGGAGCUUUACUGUAAUAACACUAACGUGACGUUUUAUUACGGUGCUAACUUAAGUUCACCUAUAGGAAGUACUUCCAUACCUGAAGUGGCGAUCAAGGAAAAGGAGGUUGCUUAUGUGGGUGAGGUUAUUCAGACUCGAGGGGUACCUUGGGAGGAUGUUAGAAGGAAGGUUUCAAAUGGGAGUACUGCAGUGUUUCGGGUGGAGUUAGACACGCAGUUCAGGGCUUCAUCUAAUAUUCGGCAUCUGCUUCCUGAGUUUAUUGCAUAUUUUCUUCCAUUGUCAAAAAGACAUGGGAUGGGAAUAGGAGCUAAUAUAAACGUAAAUGAUCAUGGAAAGUCUGUUGUGAAACUUGACUGGCUAUCAUCUAAGGCUGCUCCGGUGCAUGUUACCGACUGUGUUCGCGUGAGUAUUAUUGCAGUAGUGGUUCUUGUUUUACCUAUUUUGCUUUGAUUGCUCGAAAGACCAUAUAUAGCGUGUAUGAUUGGUUCCUGCAUUAUUUAUUUUGAUGUAAGAUCUAUAAUGUUUUUUUGUUAAUUUAAAUACGAAGUGUUUGAAAUGGCAUGGGUUUAUAUAUAUGCAGUUAU